AUGAAACUCGUUAGGUUUCUGAUGAAACUAAAUCAGGAAACUGUAACUAUCGAACUGAAGAACGGCACACAGGUUCAUGGUACGAUAAACGGUGUAGACGUUGCGAUGAAUACCCAUCUCAGAGCAGUGAAAGUAACUCCAAAGAACCGGGAUCCGAUUCACUUGGAUACGCUGAGUAUCCGUGGAAAUAACAUAAGGUACUUCAUUCUGCCGGAUUCGGUACCCCUGGAUCAGUAUUUGAUCGACGACACGCCGAAAGCCAAACGACGACAGGCAGCGUACGGCGGACCAGGUGCCAGAGGUAGGGGACGGGGUCGUGGCAGGGGAAGAGGAAUGCGCGGACGUGGCCCUCCCGGAAGACGAGGUGGACGAUAG